GUCUCCGCAUUGCGCACACACUACAGGUCUCAACAUGCUGGGAACUUACAUCGAUUUUCACAAAUAUCUGAAUCUGAAUCUGUUUUUCAUUUUGUGAAUGUUUUUUAAAAUGCUAAUAUGAAUAUUUAUUACUAUAUUAAGAUAUUUAAAAAUCAUUAUGUCAGAUUAUUGGAUACCUUUUAUAGUAAUUAAAAUGCCUAAUCUAGAAAUAAGCUACCUAUAACAAAAAUACGAUUAUGACUUUCUCAUAAAAUGGUACUUUUGCCUACGAGGGAUUCAGCUAUUAAUAUUGAAAAAAAAUUAGAGUACGAGAAUCUUGCACGUUUUUUUUGUUCCGGAGUUUCUUGUAUCAGUGCUGGUUUUAUUACCAAUCCUAUUGAUGUUAUUAAAAUUCGUCUCCAAUUAGACAACCAACUUUCUGAAAAUAAAAAUAUUUUUUCGAAAAGAAAAUACAAUGGUUUUAUUAGGAGUGCAAUAUAUAUUUUUAAAAAUGAAGGCUUUGGUGGUUUGUACAAAGGGGUUACUGCAUCAAUCAUGCGAGAAAGUAUUUAUAGUACAUUUAGAUUAGGUGCAUACGAACCAGUUAAAAGUAAGCUAGGUGCUAAUUCUAUAUAUGCACCAUUAUGGAAAAAAGUAAUAGCAGGAGCAAUAGUGGGUGCGAUAGGCAGUGCAAUUGCAAAUCCAACUGAUUUAGUGAAGAUAAGAAUGCAAGCUCAAGAAAAGCUAAAACCUGGUGAGUGUGCCCGCUAUCGCCACACGUUUGCAGCUUUCCAAGAUAUAUUAACUAAUGAAGGCAUUUUAGGGAUGUGGAGAGGCGUUGGACCUACAGUUUUACGAGCUGCUAUACUUACCGCUUCUCAAAUACCCUCUUAUGAUCAUAGCAAAUCUAUUUUAUUGAGAAAUAAUUUCAUGGAAGAAGGCUUCAAAUUGCAUUUAAUAGCAUCUGUUACUGCCGGGCUGAUCACAGCAUUAGUAACCAGCCCUGUUGAUGUAAUAAAAACCCGCAUCAUGAACGAAAAAAUUGUAAGAAACAAAAACUUGGUUUAUACGUCGGCAUAUUCAUGUUUUGUAAAAAUUCUAAAUACUGAAGGACUUUUAGGUUUUUAUAAAGGAUUAGUACCAAAUUGGGUACGAAUAGGCCCUCACACUACUAUCUCAUUUCUUAUAUUUGAGCGACUUAGAAGCUGGGUUGGCUUAAAACCUAUUUGAUUAUGUUUUUUUGGUAUAUCUUUUUUUGCCAUUUUGCGAUGGUUAUAAUGUAAAUUAUAAGUAAAUAUUAAUAUCAAGAGAACUGUCAAUGUUUUAUGGCGAAGGAAAUUUUGAGCUAAAAAAAAAUUAUUUUAAGAUAAA